AUGAGCAGACACUGGUGGCUUUCCCUGCUCCUCCUCACCAUUCAUGUGGCACUGGUGGUCAGUAUAGAUAAAACCAAGAAACAGAUAAAAGUGUUGAGGGAGUUCGAAACUAUCAGUAACUCAAAUGCCAACGUGAAACAGUGCUUAUGGUAUGCUAUGCGAGAAUACAACGAAGAAAGCAAGGAUGACAGUAUCUUUCUCGUGUCCAGGAUACUGCAUGCCCAUCUGCAGAUCACAGAUCGCAUGGAAUACUUAAUUGAUGUUGAAAUUGGCCGAAGCAGUUGCAGAAAGCCUUUAAACAAUGAUGAAGAUUGUAUAAUUCAUGAAGACCCUGACCUGAAAAAGGCAGAAAGAUGCAGCUUUUUGAUAUCAGCACUUCCCUGGAACGGAGAAUUCACUGUGCUAAAAAAACAAUGUAAAAAUGCCUGA